GCGUGCUCGUUUAUACGUAAUAGUGUUUAUGAGAGUCCGCACGUUACACCCUGAGAUGCGUCUACCCAUGGUCACAAGCUGUAGUGCUCUGCCUGACUGCACCCCACCCCCUCCCCCCGAGUCCCCUCCUCCCCCCAACACGCACACCCGAGAAGUUGUGGGUUGCCUCGAUGCAUUGUGGGUACAGUUCGUUGUUCCUUUGCCAUUCGACCUCUGUAGGCCCCGUGCGGACGCUAAAGACUUGGGGGGAGACAGAAAGGUAGUCUCUGUCCCUGCUUUAUCAAUGCUGUUGAUUUAAUCAAGCUGACAUAAAAAAUACAGUUUGAAUUUAGUCAGAACCUUUAAGGACCUGUUGUCCAGUUACGUGAGGACCGGUCGCAAACGCUGCGUUAAAUCCAUAUAGAAGGGGAGCCACGAGCAGGAAGACAAAACAUGUCGGUCGAGAGGAAUCGUAGGUCUUUAGCAUUCCGAGGUGGUGGAUUACCAGUAGUGUCUUGUGUACCCAGUAACAGUGGGGACAUCGCUGAGUGGCGGCAGCCCGAAUUGAAUGGGCGGCGGAUGGACGAGGAGGUAGAGGAACUAGAGACCGUUGUAAGGACUGUGGAAGAAGGGGGAUCUAUCAGCGACAGUACUGAAGAUGAGGAGCUGGAAGGGGUUAGCGUGGCAGGUGAUGGUCUGGAUUGCGCGGGUAGUAGUGGCGACCGGAGGUCUGGAGAUGGUCAAGAUGAAGGAGAAGGGAGCAGUGUGGGAGCUGGUGAUAGUGGCGAAGGGGAAGUAGAUCAUGAGACGGACAGUUCUAUCCGAAGGAGUGGAGUGGGGGUCCGACCUCCACAGCCCUUGCUUCAGAAAGUGUACACUUUCCAGGGUGAUUGGCUACAGGAGUUUGAGUGGCUGAAUUUCGAUCAAGAAACUGGACUUAUGUCUUGCGCUUGGUGUUAUAAACCGGGCGGCAGUGAUGGCCAGGACGAGGUGGCAAAAGGCACCCGUAAUUAUAAGAGACCACUGUUAUUGCGGCAUCACCUGUCUGUUGAGCAUAGAAUGAAGGAUCCAGCUAAACAGCAUGACUUGAAGGUGAAGACUGAAUCUGCUCGAGAGGGCUACACAGAUUACAGCAGACCGAAUGAAAACUCAUAUUGUUAUCAACUUCUUCAGGAGCUCAAUGAGCAAAGAAAGAAAGGAAUUUUAUGUGAUGUCCGUAUUGUGGUGAGUGGAAAGGUUUUCAGAGCACACAAGAACAUUCUGGUUGCUGGUAGUCGUUUCUUUAAGACAUUGUAUUGCUAUUCAAAGAAAGCAAGCCAUGACCAAGCCACUGUUACCCACUUAGAUGUUGUCGCUGUUCAGGGUUUCUCUGUUAUUUUGGACUUCAUGUAUUCUGGUAACUUGGUACUCACAAGCCAAAAUGCCAUUGAAGUGAUGUCAGUGGCUAGCUACCUCCAAAUGACAGAGGUUGUUCAGUCUUGUCGUAAUUUUAUAAAAGAUGCCUUAAACAUUAGCAUAAAAUCUGAAGCACCAGAAGCUGUUGUAGUGGACUAUAACAGAAGAACUUCAGUCACCAGGGAUGCCUUGUCAUUAAGAGAACAAAAGACAGCAAACUUCUGGGCAACCCACAAUCUCACUAACCUAGCAAGUCAUAUUAAAAAUGAAGAUCGCUACAGUCUAGAUGAGAGCCAAAAUGAAACAUUUCAGUUAAAUGAUCCAGGUUGGGGUCAAAGUAACUCAUUAGAAAUGGUUGAUAAUGAACCUGUGGGCCAGGGAAAAGUUUUUGUAUGGAAUGACAUGUAUAGUCAGACAUUCAUCAAACAAGAACCUGGUAGUGGUAGAAGGAAAAACCAGACUGCUAGAAGGUUUGUGUACAAUAUUCCACUGAAAGUUGAGAGUCCUCUGGAUAACACAAUAAUGCAACCAUCUAUGUCAUACUCUGAAGAAGACUUGCAGAUCUUUCAGGAUGACACAGGGGAGUCAUCUGCUAUGGCUGUUAACAAGCUCAAAUGUCCCCACUGUAACUAUAUAGCCAAAUAUAGGAGAACACUAAAAAGACACUUACUCAUUCACACUGGCGUCCGAUCUUUUAGCUGUGACAUCUGUGGAAAGCUGUUCACUCGAAGAGAGCAUGUGAAGAGACAUUCUUUGGUACACAAGAAGGAUAAAAAAUACAAAUGCAUGGUGUGUAAGAAGAUCUUCAUGUUGGCAGCAAGCGUUGGAAUUAGGCAUGGUUCUCGGCGCUAUGGUGUGUGUGUGGACUGUGCAGAUAAAUCUCAGCAGGGUAAUCGGGAAGGUGUUGACCAAGUACAAGAUUUAGAUUUCCCUAGAGAUGAAGACGAAGAAGAGGAAACUGACAACUUAGCAGUCGAGGUUGACGAGGAUUUAAUGGACGAAGGAGAAGAACCAAAUGACCAAUCUCAGUGGGAACAGUCUGGAGAAGUCUGUGUAACUUUAGAUGAUUAGGGAUCUAGUACACUGUUCCAAAAUGGGUCUGAUACCAUUACACAGAUAUGUAAGGUUUUUUUUUUUAUUUGGACCGGGCGUGUGUUAACCUGUUGCAGUACUGGAUACGAUGAUGGUAUUUCUGUGAAAAUGGUAAACAGAGGCUUUUAGCAAAAAAAAAAAAAAAUUUUAACAAUGAAAGAUAUUUGCACAGGACUGUACAUUAUACAGCCUUUUGUUUGAAUAAUACAGUCGUUGCAUCUCCAAUCAGUACCAGAAAAAUGUAUUUUUUAUUAUUUAUAGGAUAGAGUUAUGUGGUUCCUAUCAGAACAAUAAUUGAAUUAUUGCAAUGUUAUGCUUUAAUGUAUCAAUUUUCAACAUGAGUUUAGUUAAAAGUGAAAGACAAAUGAUCGAAGGUGAAUUACAGUUUGAAAUUGUGCUGGAGCGUUCAGAUGUGCCCUCAGACUGAUAAAGUGCAGUUUUUUAUUAUUUGCACAUCAUUGGGCCAGUAUGAACGUACGGAGAUUCAACAUUUUUCAGCUUUAUAAAAAUAGUUAGAGUAAAAAUGUAUAUUUUCCUAUUCUAUAAUGUUAUCGGUUUGACUAAAUUAUGAUAGGUGUGUGUGUGGCUGGAUUCUAAGUAUUCACUGAGGAAGGAUUCAUAUUACCAUGGUGCUCCAUCAUUUGCAGACCAUUGUUUUUUAUUUUGUUAACUAUAAAACUUCCUGUAAUGCCCUCUUUGUAGAAUGAGGGUUAAAUGUUGGUCAACUUUCAUUUUAGUUCCGUUAAAACAGUCUUUGAAUGUGCAAAACUUUCACAUUUCUAGGGCUUUGUAAUGCUGUAAAGCAUUUUCCCCUUGAAAGUGACUGUUCACUGUUCAAGAGCUUCAUAACAUUCCUGCUGUAUUUGUUGAGGUUUCUGAUGAAGUCUGUGUUAUGAUUUGUGCUCUUACUAGUCAACUUCUUAGUUCAAACUAGUAUUUCUGUUUUCCUGAUACUGUGGACUCUGGAUUUUAUUUUGGCAGAAAUAUUUGCUUUUUACACAGUCCAGUGAGCCACACUUCAGUCUGUAGUUCUGGAAACGAUGUUUAUGCUUUCACGUUUCAACACUUUGUUUUGCCUAGUGACUUCUGUGGUUGAAUAAAGCAAAAUACUAGUCAGCUUA